AUGUCUGAUCUAUUCCGAGAGUCAGCGCUUGGUCAAGCCAUUCGGUUUAUUUCUGGAAACAAAUGGCUGCAAUAUCCUGAAGAGAAGCCAGGUUUCGUGCUAGGACCAGAAUACGCAGCGCUCUUAAUCGGCAAAGAGAAACAACAAGAGGCUACCUCUGGUCCUUCAAAUUCACAAAUUAAUCAACAAUCUGGCGCUCCUCUAUCUCUAUCCGCUUCGUCUUCUGAUACUGCUGGUAAUGAUGGAGAAGACUUGGGCAGAAAACCAACGGCAGCAAGCAUCCAAAGCGGUCCAUAUAGAGAUCAAAGAAUCGACCUUGAACAACAAGGUGAGCUCCAAAGGACAAAAAGUGAGCCUAUUGCUCCACAUCAAACAAACGAUGGGCUUAUUCUAGUCGAUUGGUACACAACCGAUGAUCCAGAGAACCCUCGCAACUGGUCGUCGCUGAAGAAAAGCUACAUUGUCUUCGUUAUCUGCUUGUAUACAUGGGUCACCUACGUAGCCGGUUCAGUCUUUGCUUUCUCUGAGCCAGGCAUCGUGGAACAUUUUGGCGUCAGCAUAGAAGCAUCUGAGCUUGGCCUUGCUCUGUAUGUCUUGGCUUAUGGCGUAGGGCCACUGAUCUUUGGCCCGCUCACAGAAAUUCCAGUGAUUGGAAGAAAUCCAGUCUACUACCUCACAUUCAUCGUCUUCUUUGCUCUCUCAUUCCCAGCAGCGACGAUCAACAGCUUCGGUGGCCUCUUGGCCAUUCGAUUCUUUGCCGGCUUUUUUGGGAGCGUGGGCAUAGCCAUUGGAGGAGCUUCCAUAGGAGACAUCUUCACUCUCAUUUACUUUCCCUACGGCCUUGGUUGGUGGGUGUUGUCAUUCUGGGCAGGACCUGCCGUCGGGCCUACAUUCGCUGGCUUUGCUGCAAUGGCAAAGGGCUGGAGAUGGCCUCUAUGGGAAGUUGUCUGGAUCUGCGCGGUCAUGGCCAUAUUUUUGCUGGCACUAACUCCCGAAACAUCCACACCCAACAUUCUUUUGAGGCGCGCCAAGCGACUUCGAAAGCUCACUGGUGAUUCGCGUCUCCAGUCUCAGAGUGAAAUCGAUCAGAGACACAUGACAAGCUCGAGCGUGCUUAUUGCUGCGCUGAUCCGGCCAUUUGAAAUCACGAUCAAAGAUCCGUCAAUCUUCUUUGUUAACAUGUACACAGCCUUGACAUACGCAAUCUAUUUCACCUUUUUUGAGGUUUUCCCUCUCGUCUUCCCACCUUUCUAUGGCUUCAACCUUGGAGAGACGGGUCUUGCGUUCUUGGCCUGUGAGGUGGGCGCCAUCAUUGGCCUCAUUCUGUACUUUGCCUAUCUUUACUUUUACAUGAUUCCGGAUAACAUCAAGAACGGGUUUCGAGAGCAGGAACAUCGCUUGCUGCCAGCCAUAUUUGGUUCUUUUGUUAUUCCGGUUGGGCUUUUCAUAUUUGCUUGGACUGCUCGCGCCAGUAUCCACUGGAUUGUGCCGCUGAUUGGCGUAGCCAUUUUUGUUGUCGGCCAAUACUGUGUCAUCCAGGGCCUCUUCAUGUAUGUACCGGUUUCGUAUCCUCAAUACGCGGCGUCAAUCUUUACGGGCAACGAUUUGAUCAGAUCCGCUAUUGCUUCCGGAUGCAUUCUUGCUGCCAGGCCAAUGUUUGUCAACUUGGGCGUACACAAAGGUGUGACAGUCUUGGCCGGGCUCAGCGUGAUGGGAAUAAUUGGCACAUUGUUGAUGUACAAGUUUGGCAAGAAGCUCCGUGCCAAAUCUAAGUUUGCGCAAUAG